CGACAGCCGCCUCCUCCAUGGACCUGAACUCGAACCGCGACGCGCUGGCCCUGAUGUCGCAGCACUCGGUGCUGGGCGGCCUGCCGCCGGCCGCCUUUUUCCUGCGGGCCACCGAGCGCUACCAACGCACGCCCAAGUGCGCUCGGUGCCGCAACCACGGGGUCGUGUCGGCCCUCAAGGGCCACAAGCGCUACUGCCGCUGGCGGGACUGUGUCUGCGCCAAAUGCACGCUGAUUGCGGAACGGCAGCGCGUGAUGGCGGCCCAGGUGGCCCUCCGCAGGCAGCAGGCGCAGGAGGAGAACGAGGCGCGCGAGCUCGGCCUCCUCUACCCGCAGCAGCCGCCGCCGCCGCCGAGCACCCCCAGCCCUGGGGAGUCCACCGGCGCGCCCUCCGCCGCCCCCGCGAGCAACGCCUUCCCCGGCGACCUGCGACGCUCGCCGCCCUCGCCGCCGGUGUCCUCCUGCAGUGGAGACUCGAAGAAAAGGGCGCGUAUUUCGAGCGAACGCAAUUCCGCAGAGAGAAAUUUGACCGAGGAAAAUGAAUCCGACGAGGAACAGGGCGCCAACUUGCUGCGGGCAGUUAGUGACCGCGAGUCACCUAUGUUGAGCAGCAAAUCUUCAAAAAUGCUAGCAGUUAGCGCAGGGGAGUCGGAAGAUUCUUCGGGAGGACCAGAAAAUGCAUCGCCUGCUCGAAAUACAGGUCGGGAGUCGAGAAGCGCGUCACCGGAAAAUUUGUGUUUGCCUAAAAACAGUGGUCCGAGGGCCAGUCCGCCGUACCCUGCAUCCCCUGGCAAGGCUGUCGCCCCUCAAACCACUGGAUUUCCUUCGCCAAGCGCAAUCCAGCAACAGCAGUUCACGGCCAUGUUCCAACAGCAUCAGCAACACUACCAGCGUUCACCAAUCGACAUUUUGCUGCGCGUUUUUCCGAACCGUCGGCGCUCAGAGGUCGAAGUGGUCCUGCAGCGCUGCAAGGGCGAUAUCUUGCAGGCCAUUGAACUGCUCACUUGUAGCAGUGUGGCGGCCAACGCGGCGGCCACGGCCGCCGACCUCCUUCACCCCGCAGUUGCCCCCACCUCUCCCUUCCACGAAGAACUCAAAUCCGCUUUCUCCCCGCUCGCAUUUCCGGCCGGACUGGCGGCCAUAGCGGCCGCGGCCUCUGGAUCCCCAGGCGGCCACCACCGCUACGGAGCGGCCAACGCGAGCAGUCGCCGCUUUCUGGCCGCCCCGUACUCGGGCACCGGCUACCUUCCGACCAUCAUCCGACCCCCUCCCGACUUUUCGGCGUACGCGGCCAGCAUCGGCCUCAGCAACGGGACGCCGUCGCCGCAACAUUCGGUCAUCGACUACUUCAACAUUGAUUCGGUCAGUGCCAAGGCGGCCGCUUCGCCCGCGUCCAACGCAGGCUCUGACAAAACUUCGUACUCAGAUUAGUAAAAUUAUAUCAUGUGUGGUUAAUGACUGCACGCAAACUUUACUUAAUUUUACUGUCAAUUUUCAAGUCUUAAAAUGAUAUUAUUAAUUAUAUUAUUUUUGCUCAAUGUCUGAAAUAUUGGUUUAUUUAUGUUCAUUGCAUUUACACAAAUAUUUUACGUUAUUUUUCCUGCAGAAUUGCGACAUUUUUGUUUCAAAUUUAGAUAGAAAUAAAGAUGAAUGUUCUCAUUACUGAUAUCAAUAAAUGUAAAAAAGAAAAAUACAAAAAUUUGAAGUUAAAUGUUUACAAGAGAUGAAAUCUCUUACAUAUAAAAAAAUAGGUUUCCAUGUCACAAAAAACAGUUAGUGGUAAAGUAAAAUGGCGUAGCGAAAUGUAAAUGUGCUGCUGUGUAAAUAUAACAGAGUCUAUAAAAUAUAAAAUCGGA